GCUUCUUGAAGUUCCUGCAGUUUCGUGCAGAAGACACCACACUCAAUAGCCAACGCGAUGAACGUGCUCGGCCCAUCCCUCGCACCAUACAUUCGCUCCUCGCGGACGCUCAAGAAGUAUGUGACACCAAUCGCUCAUUGGUAUGCCGACCUCAUGGGCUACCGCAAGAUGGGCCUCAAAUAUGAUGACCUCCAGGUUGAAGAGAGCCCAGAAGUCCAAAGGGCAAUCGGUCGUUUAACUCCGCGAGAGACCUAUGACCGUUCCUACCGCUUCAAAAUUGCAAGUAACUGUGAUCUUCACCACAAACCUUUGCCAAAAGAACAGUGGUCUAAGCCUGAGGAUGACAAGCGAUACCUUCAACCUCAUAUCCUGAACGUCCUCAAGGAAGAGGAGGAGAGAUUGACCUGGGACACAAUGACCGUUCAACGCAAAUAGACGCUCACAUCCAUGUAGACUCGCAGUUGCGACUAUCCUUAUCCACACAUAUUGGCAAUGCCUCCACCUGAGGUUUCAUACUGUUCGCUUGAACCAUAAUAAAGGACCAUUUAAGGAAUGACUGUCUUCCCUCAGGUUUGUUUGACUAUCCUUGCACCACAACUUGUCAAUCAUCAAUCUAUUUGAUUAUGGGAUC